UUGUACUUUAAUUUUAACAUUCGGUGUGGUACAAACAAACAUAGAAGUGGGUUUCAGGGUUCGAUUCGUGGGUCGGAUUAGCAAUAGGGAUAGCCCAUUUAGUGGUUAGAAAGACCCUUUCUUUGUCUCCGACUAUGUGUCGUUUGUAUGAUUUUCGUGCCUGGAUUGGGUCCAGGAUGUAGUCCGUGAUCUUUUUCUUCAAUUAAUUGAUUAUAUUUUGUUAAAAAAAACGAGGAAAGAGAAAAACUACGGACACCAAAUGAACUCUGCAUAUAUUAUAGAUAUAAUCCAUCUUAAUACAAUCUACAUAUCAUCUACAUUUAGUUAUAUUUAAAUAAAAUACCAUUUUACAAAUAAAAUGACAAACUUCUACCUAUCAACUUCUAAAUGUUCAUAUUUGAAUUCAACAAAUUAUUUUUUAUUUAACUUUUUCCUUAUUAAUUCUCACAAGAUGUCAUUUUGUUUCGAAAUAAAAAAAAAAUUUAUCAUUGGAUCAUACCACUCUUUUUUUCCAAUUUUGAUUGAAUUUGAUUGUUUUACCUAUAGUGUUAUACUGAUGGUCAUCCAACCAAUACCGAUUGGAGAUUGUGGAAAUAAAUUAGCGAAUCACGAAAAUUUGGUUUUAUUGGUUACUUGAAAGUAUAAAUAAUUUUGUUUAUUAGGUGUAUCAUUAAUUGGUUUCAUUGGUUAGCAGUGUUGAAACCAAACCAAACCACCUAAACCAAAUAAGCUAAACUGUAUAACCAAACCAAACCAAUUAUCCAAAUUAACCAAACCAAAUUAACCAAAUACUACCGGUUAAUAUGAUUACCACGGUAACCAAUCCAUUUGAACAUCGGUGGCCAAUAUAUAAUUGGCGAAUUACAAUGCAAAAUGUCGUCUCUGAAACCUCUUUUGGGCCCUGUGCAGUCUUCUAAUAGUAUUCUCCAUAAGUAAGGCCCAUUGGGCUUGUGUUAGUUUCAGUUGGUAACGCCAGAAAAUUGCGGGCUUACUGAGAGAGCCCAGGUUUUAAAUGCAAUCAGACGCAUUUUUUCACUUUUAAAAAAAAAGAGUUUAGCUUUUACUGAUUAUACUUGGUUCGCAAAGCGUCGCUUUUUAUCAGUCUCCUAGUUCUCGAAACAUCCACCACUGCGGAGGAGCACGUCAGUCCAUCCACCAUCUUGCGCGGAACGAACCGGCGAAAUUUUGUCGAGUGGUAGAAUCAAUGGCGGGAGCGAGAGGAAUUUUGCUGAAGCACCUCCGAGUGAAGGUGCAAGCCUUCUCGCAAAACCCUAAACCCAACAACGGCCUCUUCGGCCUCUCUUUCAAUGCGAUUCUGCGCCAAUUCUCCGAGGCGGUUAGGGGCUCCUUCCUCGACAAAUCGGAGGUCACAGAUCGUGUCGUCAAUUGUGUCAAGAACCUUCAGAAGGUCGAGCCUUCGAAGGUAACACCGAAUGCCCAUUUCCAGAAUGAUCUUGGCCUUGAUAGCUUAGACACGGUGGAGAUUGUGAUGGCUCUUGAAGAAGAGUUCGGGUUCGAGAUACCAGACAAUGAAGCAGAUAAGAUCAACUCCAUUAGUCUUGCUGUUGACUUUAUAGCUUCACACCCUCAAGCCAAGUAGAGAAAACAAGCGAAUCCGUAUUCGACUGUUUCAUGGGUUUCGAUUGUUUCACCAUGAACAGUUCAGCUACGCCGGUAUAAUGCUCCUGGUUUCCGAGCCUAUUUGUCUUUGGAGGUAGAGGAUUUGAUUUGGUCUAUCUUUCUCCUUGUUUCGAAGAUUUAGUCGUGUUGUUGGUUAGCCUGUUUCUGAACUCGGGUUGAUACUCGAGUGUUGCGCUUCCGUUGGAGGAUAUAUGUGAUGGUGUAACUGUUAUGAGCCGAAUUUACUAGUUCAUUUCCCAUUUGGAAUCCUCCCCAUGUCAAUAAAAUUUGCGUAAAAAAUGCUGAUGAGUUCUCCUUGUUCCAGGCAUUAUAGGUAUAUAUAUUGCAUGUGUUUAUCACUAGCGUUUUUUCUCUCGUCUUCUCUUAAUGUCUCGAGUUCCAUUUAUUUUCAUUCUGAAGUGGCGUGUCAGUAGGCAGAUUUUUCGUACAUCGUCUCGAUCUUGGCCCUAGUCCAUUGCUCGGCGAAUCGCCCCCUCUUUUCAACUUCCCAAAUCGCAACCUCCGACUUGCUUGUUGGGUUCGAUGAUGCUUACUCGACGAUGCUUACUCGACGACAUGUAAAUUGAUUGUAGAAGCAAAUAAAUAGGUUAAAGUUCGUUUUCCUGAUUGUGUCAUGGAAUUUGAUUUAAUUAGGUUUCCUACAAGCACCCAUCACCGAUUCUCUUAUGUUACAGCUUGGCUAGAAAGUCUUGUGGAAAUGUGGGGAGAGGAAGAAACCAAAGAAGUGAAAGCGCGCCAGCGUGCAGUGUGGGCGGGAUUGGCUAAUGGAGAAGUGAGCUGCGUUCUGAUUGGCUUGUUGUGGGCUGAUCCACGUAAUGUUGUUCGGGCCUGCUUGUGAUGGUGGGCCCGUGGAAUGGGAAAUGGACUUUUUUUUUUUUUUGCCGCGCACUUUGGGGCAAGGCUUGAAUUUGGACCAAGUCAAGGAAAGGAACAUGAUGAUGAUGAUGGUAAGAGUUUUUGACUUGCUUAUUUUAUUUUAUUUUAUUUAUUGUUGGGCAUAAUUUGUGUUUUAAAAUUACGGUCUAAAAUGACUAAAAAUGUUUCAUAGGC